CAGAACCAGAACCUCUUCCCUCUCUCUCUGGGAUGAGGCUUUCGGAGUUGAUCUGCCUCACACCCGGAAAAGGAAACUGAAGGAGGAAGGAUGAGCAGCAAAGAGCUGACGGUGGUUCUGUCCAGCCAGUAUGUGGGUCCCUAUCGACUGGAGAAGACCCUCGGGAAGGGCCAGACAGGCCUUGUGAAGCUGGGCGUUCACUGUAUAACGGGACAGAAAGUGGCGAUAAAGAUCGUGAACAGAGAGAAGCUUUCUGAGUCCGUCCUCAUGAAGGUGGAGAGAGAAAUAGCUAUUCUUAAACUAAUAGAGCACCCUCACGUUCUGAAGCUGCAUGAUGUCUAUGAGAAUAACAAAUACCUGUACCUGGUUUUGGAGCAUGUGUCCGGCGGAGAGUUGUUUGAUUACCUGGUGAAGAAGGGCAGGUUGACGCCUAAAGAAGCCCGAAAGUUCUUCAGACAAAUCAUCUCCGCCCUGGACUUCUGCCACAGUCACUCCAUAUGUCACAGAGAUCUGAAGCCAGAGAAUCUCCUUCUGGACGAGAAGAACAACAUCCGGAUCGCAGACUUCGGCAUGGCCUCGCUGCAGGUUGGAGACAGUUUACUGGAGACCAGCUGCGGAUCCCCACAUUACGCCUGUCCAGAGGUCAUAAGAGGGGAGAAGUACGAUGGUCGCAGAGCAGAUGUUUGGAGUUGUGGCGUCAUCCUCUUUGCUCUUCUUGUGGGUGCCUUGCCCUUCGACCACGAUAACCUGCGGCAGCUUUUAGAGAAAGUGAAGAGUGGCGUUUUCCACAUGCCUCACUUUAUACCUCCUGAAUGCCAAGCUCUGCUCAAAGGAAUGAUAGAAGUCCAUCCUGACAAGAGACUCACGCUAGAAGCAAUACAGAAACACUCCUGGUACCAGGGGGGUCGUAACGAGCCGUGUCCGGAGCAGCCGCCCCCCCGCAGGGUGUGUGUGAAGAGGAUCGCCUCGUUAUCAGACCUGGACCCUGAUGUUCUGGAGAGCAUGUUCUCCUUAGGGUGCUUCAGAGACCGGGUGAAGCUCACUCAGGACCUUACAAGUGAGGAGGAGAACCAGGAGAAGAUGAUCUACUACCUCCUGUUCGACAGGAAGGAAAGAUAUCCCAGCUGUGAGGACGAGGAUCUGCCCGCCAGGAACGACCUCGACCCCCCCAGGAAGCGUGUGGACUCGCCCAUGCUGACGCGUCAUGGCCGCUGUCGUCCAGAGAGAAAGAGCCUGGAGGUCCUGAGCGUCACAGAUCAGGGGUCUCCCACCCCGCCUCGCAGGGCUCUGGACUCUAAUGCACACAGCCAGAGGUCCCGUUCAGUCAGUGGAGCGUCGACAGGUCUGUGCUCCAGUCCUCUGAGCAGUCCCAGGAGCCCGGUGUUCACUUUCAGCCAAUCAGAAGUCGCCUCAGCUUCCUCCUCCAAACCAGACCCCAAACCAGGACCUUCCACCACCACCACUCCUACCAUCCGUCUAAAACCAGACCCAAAAACCCAAACCCUGCCCUCAAAAAACCCCAAAGAUCGCCCUCACUUCCACUCCAUGAAGUCCCUCCCCCUCCAUUCUCCUCGCUCUCCUUCUCCUUCACCUUCUCCCAUUAUCUCCCCCACUCCUCGCUUCUUUAAUUUCCCAUCUCCGUCCAUCUUUAAAUCCAAGAACACCUCCUCGUCCUCUUCUAAUUCCCCUCCUGUGUCUCAGGUGACUCCUCAGGGUUCUCCGCUGCCCACCCCUCUGGGCACACCUGUGCAUCAAAUCCAACACCACCCCUCUUCCUCCUCAAACACUCCUCCUCCCUCCUCUUCCUCCUCCUCCUCUUCCUCCCGAGUGGACGGAGGAGGAGGGGGCGGGGCUUCUCUGACUCCGCCCUCCAGCCCGGGAGGCAGCGGGGGAUUGGCCGCUUCAAGCUCCGCCCACUGGAGGACGAGACUCAACUCGUUCAAGAACAACUUGCUGGGGUCGCCGCGCUUUCAUCGACGCAAACUUCAAGUUCCCACAUCAGAGGACAUGUCCAGUCUGACUCCGGAGUCCAGUCCAGAACUGGCUAAGAAGUCGUGGUUCGGGAACUUCAUCACUCUGGAGAAAGAGGAGCAGAUCUUCGUGAUGAUUCGAGACAAACCGCUCAGCUCCAUCAAGGCGGACAUCGUGCACGCCUUCCUCUCCAUCCCGUCCCUCAGCCACAGUGUUGUUUCUCAGAAUAGUUUCCGGGCAGAGUACAAGUCCUCCGGCGGCCCGUCUGUCUUCCAGAAGCCCGUCAAGUUCCAGGUGGACAUUGGUUUCUCUGAGGGCGAGAGAGAGAGAGAGAGGGAGGGGAAGAGAGAGCUGGGGAUCUACAGCGUCACCUUCAGCCUGAUCACAGGUCCGAGUCGCAGAUUUAAGAGAGUCGUGGAGACGAUUCAGGCUCAGCUGCUGAGUUCUCAUGAUCAGCCCUCUGUGCAGGCACUGGCUGGCCCCUCAGAUGAGAAGAACGGCUGUCAGAUCUCGCGGCCCUCCACUCCUUCCCGGCAGAAUUCCCGACGCUCCGAAAGCGGUUCUGAGCGAGAUCGGGUGGAAAAGGAUCGUCCGGCGGAGGGAAGCAGCAGCGGGACAACUUUACAGAGAAAAGAGUCGGGAAAAGACAAGACCAGACUCCUGUCGGCGUCUAACGGGACGCAGUCUCACCCCUGAACGAAUGUCUGGGAAGAGGGUCGUCCUAAAAAGGCCUUUUUCUCCUCCUUCCCUCAGUCCUCCCCUCAUCCUUUUCCUAUUUAGUCCAGUCUAGUUGCCAGCAGUGAGAAUCCGGGAAAUGUUGAGUACCUCCAAAAGUUUGGCAAAUGUCCCGUCAUAUGCAGGCUAGCAUCCGGCAGAGAUGGUAAAAGUACACACAUCCUUUACUCAAGUAGAAGUACAGAUACUCGUGUUUAAACAUACUCUGGUGAAAGUAGAAGUACUGACUAAACUUCUUCACUCAAGUCAAAGUAAAGAACUUUGAAGUGUACUUCAGUAAAAAGUACCCAUAACUAGCAGCUGCUUUAAAGAGUACCUGACCUCCCUUUAUAUUAAUAGAACAAUAAUGUCAUUGUU